UAUAUAUGUUCUGUUGUCUGUCAUUAUUAACAUGAUCUAAUUUUACUGUAACUGAAGAACGUCAGUCUAGAUUUGACUCGUAUGGUUCUGAGAAUGGUAAUUUAAAUACAGAACCAAAAUAAAUUUAGGACUUAGUCAACAGACAAGAAAGAGGAAGUGAUUUCUUUAUAAUGGAAGCCAAGGAAUUUUUUCGCAAAUACUUGUGGUUAUUGAUAAUAUUAGGGAUGAUUUUUGUGACUGUGGUGAUCAGCAUCAUCUUCAUUCUAAUCAACAAAUGUUUAUCUAAAAAAGGCAAACACAGAAUUGCACAACUUCAGAAAAGAACCGUCUCCCCUGUCGAAAGCAACAAAUACCAGGAGACAAAUCUCUGGAACACUUUGACCCCCGGGACCCCUCCCCUGCCUCCUCGGACACAGUUUCUAACAGCAGCGGCGCAAAGCUAUGAGAACCUGGCUGAGACGCCCGGGUUUCAGCCGACGUCGGACUCAGAGGAGGACAAGCACGACUACGAGGAGGCCGAGCCCCAGUACGAACAGGACCUCAGCAACUACGAGCAGCCGGUCCCUGACGAUGAACAGGACAAGCACGACUACGAGGAGGCCGAGGCCGAGUACGAACAAAACCGGGACAGCUAUGUGCAGCCCACGCUGGACUCAGAGGACAGGCGCGACUACGAGGAGGCCGAGGCCGAGUACGAGCAAGACCUCAGCAACUACGAGCAGCCGGUCCCUGACCAUGAACAGGACAAGCACGACUACGAGGAGGCCGAGGCCGACUAUGAGGAGGUCACAGAGGAGCAGCCUGACUACGUGAAGAUGGAGCCUAAUGAAGAGGUCUUUCCUCCUCCUCCUCCUCCUCCUCAGAACAUGGACCCAGCAGAGGACGACGACUAUGAGGACUAUGACGACGUCGGAGGAGAAGAUGAAGACCAGGAGGAAGACUAUGAUGAUGUGGGUUAAAAGAAAAAACAAUCUGAGGGACAUUUCUGACUGUCUGAUGAGGAUCCUACUGCACAGACCAACCACCAUUUAUGUUCUUUGAGCAGAUUUACAGAGACAAAUAUCUGUAUUCUAUGGGCACCAUGGACAAGUACAAAGAAGAGGAGGGAGGAGGUGGAGCUGGUUUCAGGUUCUCAGAUGUUUGACUCUGCUCAGAUACAGAGAACUUUAGUUGUUUUGUGCUGUUUUAAAGGAACAGUGUGUAAGGAAGUUGCUUUUUAGACAUAGUCUCACUUCCCGUGUCCUGAAAAGUCUCGUCCUCGUCAAGAUUCCGUAAAAGAUUUGGUCAUUUUUUGUAAUGAGCAGAGUCUGUAGAAGAAAAUGCAAGUGGUUAUUUUUUCCCAAAGGCCUUUUGGAUUAAUCUUGGCUACGGAUUGUUUUGAAAAUGUCUCUCCAUGAUGGAGCUGCAACCACAGUGGCCCCAGCGGCUGGAGCUGCUCCCAGCUGACACUGGGCACAGUGGGCAGCGCUCAGGCUGCGUCCUGGCCUUUACAUGAACGAUUUGAUCACUGUGUACACAUUAAAUGAAGAAGUCUGUA